UGCGCAACAGCCGUUAAGGGCCGCCAUUUUGUGCGGAGCCUACUCUGCAAAAGCGGGAGAGGAUUAAAACCGUCGGAGGUGAAGGACGCAAUUUUACUCCGUCUCGUACUGGAGGAAGAACAAACCCUGGGCUUUCUGUCGAAUUCAACGCGAGAGUAAAUCACCAAACGCAGGUAUUACCCAUGGAAGGGGGACCGACAGAGGCAGUGGUGGAAGAUGCAGGGGAUGCUUUCAAGGCCAAGGAAUGUAAGACUUACCAAAGGCGACGAGAAGAUGAGGAAGUGGGAGCUGAAUUGCUGCAGGUUGCUGGGUUAGAGCAAGCCCAGGUUGAAGGAGAGCCUGUGGUGGAGGCUGUCAACAGCGUGGAGAUGAUGGUGAUGGAUGCCCUGGACCCUGCCCUGCUCCAGAUGAAGACCGAAGUCAUGGAGGCUGCUGUUGGUGUUGCUGGUGCAGCCCAUGAAGCCACGGUCACCACUGUCGAUGACACUCAGAUCAUCACCCUCCAGGUGGUGAACAUGGAGGAGCAGCAGUUGGGCUUGGGAGAGCUGCAGCUGGUGCAGGUGCCUGUUUCAGCUGUGCCUGUCACUGCCGCCACUGUAGAAGCGCUGCAGGGGACGCUAGUGGAUGCCACUGCCAUGCCUAAAGAUGGGGAGCCGGUCAUCUGUCACACCCUGCCAUUGCCUGAAGGCUUCCAGGUGGUCAAGGUGGGUGCAAAUGGAGAAGUGGAAACUGUGGAGCAAGAUGAGCUCCAGGCCCAAGAUGAUCAGCCUCCACAGCAGGAGGAGGAGGAUAUGGUUGAAGCCCAAAAUGAAGACCCCGCCUGGUCCAAAGAUCCAGACUACACACCCCCUGUUAAAAAGGCCAAGAAGACUAAGAAAAGCAAGCUGCGUUACAACACAGAGGGCGAUAAAGACAUGGAUGUGUCUGUGUAUGACUUUGAGGAGGAGCAGCAGGAGGGACUGCUCUCUGAAGUCAAUGCUGAGAAAGUUGUGGGUAACAUGAAACCACCCAAACCAACCAAAAUCAAGAAGAAAGGUGUUAAGAAGACAUUCCAGUGUGAGCUGUGCAGUUACACUUGCCCGCGCCGUUCCAAUCUGGACCGCCACAUGAAGAGCCACACGGAUGAGAGGCCUCAUAAGUGCCAUCUUUGUGGACGAGCCUUCAGGACUGUGACGUUGCUGAGGAACCACCUCAACACCCACACAGGUACCAGACCACAUAAGUGCACUGACUGUGACAUGGCUUUCGUCACCAGUGGAGAGCUGGUGCGCCACCGACGCUACAAGCACACUCACGAGAAGCCGUUCAAGUGCUCCAUGUGUGACUAUGCCAGUGUAGAGGUUAGCAAGCUGAAGCGCCACAUUCGCUCCCACACUGGAGAGCGUCCGUUCCAGUGCAGUCUGUGCAGUUAUGCUAGCAGAGAUACCUAUAAGCUGAAGAGACACAUGAGAACCCACUCAGGAGAGAAGCCCUAUGAGUGCUAUAUCUGUCAUGCACGUUUUACCCAGAGUGGUACCAUGAAGAUGCACAUACUGCAGAAGCACACAGAAAAUGUGGCGAAAUUUCACUGCCCCCACUGCGACACCGUUAUUGCCCGCAAGAGUGAUCUUGGUGUGCAUCUCCGUAAGCAGCAUUCCUACAUUGAGCAGGGCAGGAAGUGCCGCUACUGUGAUGCAGUGUUCCAUGAGCGCUAUGCUCUCAUCCAGCAUCAGAAGUCCCACAAAAAUGAGAAACGCUUUAAAUGUGAUCAGUGUGACUAUGCAUGCCGUCAGGAGCGUCACAUGGUCAUGCAUAAGCGCACACAUACUGGGGAGAAGCCAUAUGCCUGCAGCCAAUGUGAGAAAACUUUCAGACAGAAACAGCUGCUGGACAUGCACUUUAGGCGCUAUCACGACCCCAGUUUUGUACCCACAUCCUUUGUAUGCACCAAGUGUGGCAAGACCUUCACUCGCAGGAAUACCAUGGCCAGACAUACAGAGAACUGCACUGGUAUGGAUUCUGCUGAAGGAGAGAAUGGAGCUCCAACCAAAAGGGGCCGUGGAGGCCGAAAGAGGAAGAUGCGCUCUAGGAAGGAUGAUGAUGAAGAUAGCGAUGAGCAUGGAGAACCUGACCUUGAUGACAUUGAUGAAGAUGAAGAUGAGGAGUUUCUUGAUGAUGACCAGAUGGAUGUGGAACAGGCUCCACCCAGCAUUCCCAUCCCUGCACCAGCCGAACCUCCUGUCAAGAGGAAACGCGGCAGACCCCCUAAGAACGCACCCAAGGCUUCUCCUACCAAGUCUGUCGCCAACACCACCACCGCAGCCGCUGCCAUUAUCCAGGUGGAAGAUGAAAGCACAGGGGCCAUUGAGAACAUCAUCGUGAAGAAGGAGCCUGAGGGUGCUGAUGCAGCUGCCCAGCCAGUGGUGGAGGAAGUGGAGGCUGUCGAGGCUGGUGUAGAAACGGUGCAGCUAACGGUCCCUGAAGCUGCACCUAACGGUGAUCUUACUCCUGAAAUGAUCCUUAGCAUGAUGGACCGGUGAUCUGGGGGUACAUGCACAGGCGGAUCACACAUGCUUGCGUAAAUGCACAUCCCCAUAUGUGUCCCUUGAUUAUUUAUAUAUAUAUAUAUAUUACAUACAUACACAUGCUCACAUUUCUCUUUCCUCACCUCCUUUAAUACAGCGCUGUGUCCUCUUGUCUUGCAUCAAAUAUCUUAAAGACUAUAAACCCCAAAUUCUGAACGUCCUGAAGUUUCUCACAAGUUUCUUUCUUUCGAGAGCAGGAAUGUGUCCGACAUUGUGGUAUAAUACACGCAUCUAGAGAUUGAGAUUUCUUUGCCCAGCUAACCUGCCGUCUUUACUUGUCAUUUCAAUUACCAUGGCUAUAUUGAGAAACGAUCAUUUUGUGCCUGGUCAAGCAUUGAUAUCUAGAAUCGCUGUCACUGCUGUAGAAAUGGGUGUCUUUACUCCAUCUGUCUAAGAAAACCCUUUCAAUGUUUGACAUUUAUGAUGACUUUUAUUCGCUGUCUGUUCAUCAUGUGCUCUUUCACUGGUCACAGUUGAUAAUGUUAGAGCGUAGAAAUGUAGCCAUCUGAUCAAGCCAGGAACGAUGACAUCCAUCCAUAUAAAAAAAAAAAAAAACCUGCGGUUGAUAAAGUUGUACACAAAAAGGUCAUCUUGGCUAGUCUUGCUUGUAAAUAAUUUUUAUUUUCCGUUUUAUUAUGAACAUUUUAAUCUUUUUCUAGUGAAUUGAUGACCUUGAAUGCUUGGGCAAUGGCUUUUAACAGUAGUUGUUUGGAAACAUGCCACUGAAGGCUUUCAAAUUACUUG